ACGCACUAAUGGCGCGCUUAGAAAACCAGUCGAAGUUAAACUUUCCAUUUCUGUGUUUAUUAGCGAGUGGCGGUCACUGUCUUUUGGCAAUGGUAAAGAGUGUGAACGAUUUUAGUUUAUUAGGUGAGGCAACAGAUGGGUCGCCGGGUGAAUGUUUUGAUAAAGCGGCACGUGUGAUUGGGCUAACAAAUCUACCUGAAUACAGUGAGAGUAGUGGCGGUCGAGCUAUUGAGCUGGAGGCAUACAAAGCGACAAAUGCCGACCGAUUUGUAUUUCCAUCACCACUGAACGACGGUCGAAACUGUCAAUUUAGUUUCUCAGGUCUAAAAUCGGCGGCAAUAACAACCGUUCAAGAUUUGCAAAAAAGUGCCCAAAUCGAGCCCGACCAACUAAUUCCACACCAUGAAGAUUUCUGUGCCGGUUUCUUAAAAGCGACCACAAAGCACAUAAUGCGAAAAACUCAACGCGCGAUCCAGUAUUGCGAACGGAAAGGUUUCUUCGGAUUCGGUGCAAAUACAAAGCCACGGUCAUUGGUCUUUUCGGGUGGAGUAGGAUGCAAUGAUUUCAUCUUUCGAGCAUUAAGUGAAAUGGCAUCGGAGUUUGGAUAUAAAACCUUUCGACCGCCAAAGCGACUGUGCACCGAUAAUGGCGUGAUGAUUGCAUGGAACGGCAUCGAACGAUGGAUCGACAAUGAUCAAGUGUACCGAGAAUUAGAUAUUGAUAGUGUUACACCAUUGGAUCGUCAACCAUUCCGAACCAAUCUAGUCGAAGAUGUUGAACGGAAAAAUAUACAAUGUACCUGGAUCAAAGUACCAUCAAUGCAAUCAAAUAGGCUAGUAAUGACAUAAAAUAAGCAGCUUAUCAGCGGUGUGAGAUCUCUACCUGUUCAGUGUCUUAUUAUAAAGUGAAGCAGCAGAAGAUUGAUUUUUGCACGGAUUUGAUUGUGUCAACAUUUUGGUUUUUACUUUGGAUUAAUACAAACACAUCGAUUGAUGAGAAAAAGGUUGUAACGAUGCGUCGUGAAGUGGCAACGAUUUAGAUUCUCAAACAUCGACAAAACACGCACUGCAUCUUUGUCGCUACCAUGGAGUCCAUGUGGUCCGAGGGAGACUUAGUCUGGUUUACUGAUACCAACUUUUUACAUCCAUUACCCGGCGAAAUCCAAGAAGUACAUCGUGCCGCACAAGUCAUCAUCGUUCAAGCUGUUAUCAAUGGAAAACCACAGACAUUUACAUUGGGUCCAGGUGAGGGGAGUUUGCAGCGACGCCAGGAUCUGGGCAGUAGUGGCGUGGAUGAUAUGACACAAUUGGAAGACUUACACGAAGCAUCUUUACUAUGGAAUUUACGGAUUCGUUACGAUGUCGGUCAAAUUUAUACAUUUGCCGGCUCAAUAUUGAUCGCUGUCAAUCCGUACAAAAUGAUUCCCGAUUCGUACGGCAUUCAAAUGGCAAAGAAAUAUGCAGCAAAGCCAUUAGGUACAAUGCCACCACAUUUAUUUGCAAUAGCAGCGGCUGCACAUGCUGCUUUGCCCACCCCACAAGUCGUUGUUAUCUCUGGAGAAUCCGGUGCUGGCAAAACUGAAUCCACCAAAUUGGUGAUGCAAUAUUUGGCAGCGGUGGUACCAGGCGGUGGCAGUGCAUCAGCUGUUAUAACCGAACAGAUUCUCGAAGCUGGCCCUUUGCUUGAAGUGUUCGGCAAUGCCAGAACAACACGAAAUGACAAUUCAUCUCGAUUUGGCAAAUAUGUCGAAGUAUACUUCAAACACGGUGCCAUCGUUGGCGCCAAAAUCACACAAUAUUUACUAGAAAAAUCACGAAUCGUCACACAUGCACCGGGCGAACGAAACUAUCACGUGUUUUAUGAACUGUUCGGCGGAUUAAGUGAAAGCGAACGCUCCAAAUAUGGAUUACUCGAUGUCAAUAAAUACUUUUAUCUGAAUCAAGGCGCUUCAGAUUGCGGCCCGGGAAGAGUUGAUUGGGCAUCACUUCAAGGAGCUAUGCAAGUUUUAGGCGUUUCCGAAAAAGAACAAAAUGGAAUCAUACGCAUUUUAGCGUCAGUACUGCAUUUGGGAAAUAUUUAUUUCCAUCGUCGUCAAUUGAGACACGGCCAAGAAGGCGUUGAACUGGGUUCGGAUGCAGAAGUGAAGUGGGCUGCACACUUAUUGCAAAUAGCAGACGAUGACUUACACAGAGUACUCACGACUCGUCUCACAGAAACAAGAACUGAACGUUUAUACACACCAUUAGGCAUCGACCAAGCACUUGAUUCGCGCGAUGCAUUCGCCAAAGUGCUUUAUUCUGGUCUUUUCAAUUGGUUGGUAUCCCGUAUCAAUUCAAUAGUGCACAAAGGAGGCACCCAUGACGCGUAUCGAAUUUCAAUUCUUGAUAUUUUUGGUUUCGAAGACUUCCCCGAAAAUAGCUUCGAACAGCUGUGUAUCAAUUUUGCAAAUGAAAAUCUUCAAUUAUACUUCAACAAGCAUGUGUUCAAGCUGGAGCAAGCUGAAUAUGCUCGUGAGCGUCUGGAAUGGAAUCCAUUGCCAUGGGAGGAUAAUUUGCCGGUAAUUCAUUUGCUUGCAAAGAAACCGGUUGGCAUAUUCCACUUGUUGGAUGACGAAUCGAAUUUCCCCCGUGCCAGCGACUUGAGCUUUUUAGAAAAAUGUCACUACAAUCACGCUUUAAAUGAAUUAUACUCACGUCCACGAAUUGGUGCUCAAGAGUUCGGUGUAACCCAUUAUGCCGGUCAAGUUUGGUAUAAUGUCGAAGGAUUUUUGGAGAAGAACCGUGAUGCCGUUCGGCCGGAUGUGCUUGAGUUGCUGUCGUCAAGCGAUCUUCCAAUUAUGAAAGAGAUCUUUAAACAGUUGCGUGCUCAAAGAGACAAUUCAAAGUCUCUGCCCAAAGGAGCAAAUGGCCGUUUUGUAACAAUGAAGCCACGCACACCAACGGUUGCUGCUCGAUUCUCCGAUUCAUUGCAACAUUUAUUGCAAUCGAUGGCCAAAUGCAAUCCAUGGUUCAUUCGCUGUGUGAAGCCAAACAAUGAAAAACACGCUCUUCGAAUGGAUAUGCCAUGUGUUUUGCAACAACUUCGCUACUUGGGAAUGCUCGACACGAUCCGUAUUCGACAAAAAGGCUACCCGGUCCGAUUACGCUUCCAACACUUUGUAGAACGGUAUCGUCACAUGCUCAAGGCUCCAUUGCCACGUGGAACACCGUAUCGUGAUUUGUGCCGUAGCGUUUUAGAAACAAUUCCAGCUACGGGUGUUGAUGGACCCGAUUUCCAACUUGGUGCUACGAGAGUCUUCCUUCGUGAGGCAAUUCAUCGUGUGCUGGAGACCAAUCGAAGUGAACGUCAACGAGAUGCGGCCGUUAUUAUUCAGCGAAACGUUCGCAAAAUGUUGUCCAAAAAGCAUUUACGACGACGCAAGCGCGCCGCAACCAAGAUUCAAUCGGCUUGGAAGGGCUAUCGCGAUCGAAAACGUUAUCACAAUUUGAAACGAGGUACCGUUCAAUUGCAAGCACUUUUUCGCGGGCGACGACAACGGAAAAUGUAUCAAAAACUCAAGGCAGAGUUGCAACGACGUCGGAAUGUGGAGCGUGCGCAACGAGAGCGCCAUCAAAAAGCUGUGGCUGCUGAACAAGAACGGAGUCAUGUGGUUCAAUUGGAUGUACCAGCUGAAUUGGCAUUCAUUUUCUCGAAAUUGGACGGUUGGAGUUCGUUGCAUGGCGAUAGGCAUUUGGUUAAAGUGGUUGGAACUGUUCCUGGGCCACCGAAUACAUUCGAUUUACCCAGCGAUUUGGAUCAAUUUGCUUUCGGUAAAUUCAGUUCGGUUUAUUGUAAUGGUGUGAAAUUAGCACCUCGACGCGAUCCAAUCACAUCACCAUUUUUAUCACGUGCUGCAUCGCGGGAUGAAGACUUCCAGAGCUCACUUGCCGUGUUCAAGCUCAUCUUGCGCUGGGCUAACGACAAAAAUUUGGACAUUGCCAAAGAGAAGGCACUCGCCGAUUACAUUGUACACAAAGGCCUAUCGUCACGUAGCGUUCGUGAUGAAAUUUUCGUUCAGCUUUGCAAUCAAGUAUACAAAGUGGACGAAUCACAAUCGCUUCGCGUCUGGCAACUCAUGGGCCAUUGUUUGUCAUCGUUCCAACCUGGACACGCUUUGCAUAAAUACUUGAUUAAAUUCGUGGCAGACAAUGCUCCGACGUCAAUCAAAGAGUCGCUAUUGAGGAAACUUCUUCGCAACUCUGGAUCACAGUUGAUCACAAGUCGUUUGUAUCCACCAACUUGGCUUGAAUGGCGAGCCAAUGCCCGUAAUUCCGAUAUUGCAUUGAGUUUGACGUUGCCAGAUGAGGCAACACAAACCGUGGCUAUUGACUCAUGGACAACAUGCGAAGAGGCAGCUGCCCUCGCACUUUCUUCCAUAGCUGUGCCACCGCAAGGAUGGACCGUUGUUUUGGAUGACUCCGGACUAGUAUCCGAUUCCAAUGGAUUAGACUUUGUUUUGGAUUUGAUUUCCGAAAAGGAACUUUGUCCCGCUUUCCCAACCGUUCGAAGCGAUUUGCUGCGAUGCGGACGUAAGAAUUCGAAAAUUGCUGUUGCUCAAGAGCCUGAGAGCCCAAAUCCAAAACGACCAAACAUUCCACCACCAGAACCACCGAUGAAACGUCACUCUACCAAUGAACGUAUUGUGACCGAACAACCAAUUCCACAACCAGUUGUUGAAAAUAAACCCGAAUUUGGUGGUCGCAAUUAUGAGGGCGUUCAACGUAAAACAUCACAUGAUUUAUUGUCACGUAAUUCGGCACUCAAUGACCGAUACUUUGAUAGCGAUAAGACACGAUCGAAAUCAAUGGACGAUUUAUUGGCCGGGGAAAGUGUCGCUGACAGUAGUGCUGAGGUCAUAUCACAAGCUGAACAAGACGAAGAAAAUGAAGAGUUGGCUGAAUUGGGUCUGUCGGAAAGCAGAUUAAACGAUAGAUAUCACUCAGUUGAAAGAUUGGCUCCAUUGAGAGAAACACCAAGAUAUCAGAAAUACGCUGGACGACGCUCCGCUGGGCAUUCGAACAAAUACAUGGAACGCAGCGAUUAUGGCACACGUUCAUCGGCGAUGUCAGACACAAGUGAAGCUCCAUCGCUUGCAAGCCAUGUGCGUCGCGUUCGUGUACCAUCGAAUGUUGAUCAAUUUUCCGAUGUGGAUCAAUACUUGGAUGAUUUGUUCAGUCCAGUUUUGGACGGUUCUUUGGAUGAAUUAUCCGAUGCCCGUUCGCUGUCAACCAGCAUUCGUGGCGGUCGAGCUGAUUUCUUUGAAGCUCCCGAAAUUGAUACCGAUUUUGACGAUUUACAAUCAGCACAUAAAUUACAUCGCGUAAUCAAAGGUGGCGGCCAUAAAAAUGACAAUAAAGAAAAUGAAAAGCAAAGCCAAGAAGCGGAACUCAAUAAUGCUACAGCAUUAGAUGAAUAUAUCACAGAGCUUUUCCAACCUAUUUUCGUGAAUGAUUCCUUGAAGCGAUUGACCGAAAAGACGGAACUGGCUGAUUCGAUUAAGGGCGGUGGAACAGCGCAUCAGACACAAAGCUCAUCCAAUGGGUAUGGAGCGCCAUCAAAACUAAAUCCAGUGCUUGUAAUGGGCACCAAUCCCGAAAACUUCACAUCAACCUCAUCGGUUGACAAAACAGAUUUGCAACGAGCAUUCUUGCAAUCAGCAAUGGCACAAAAUAUACAAAUCCAGCAGCAAUUAUUGGCCCAAAAUCAAGCGCUGCAAACGUUGUUAAGUCAACAAGACUCUGGAUCUGCAUCAAGUUCGAAGAUAACUCAACGCAAACAGAGUUUCAAAUCUCGUACAUCAUCAUCACCAUUCAAUGGAGACUUCGACCGAAAUCGAAAAUCAUCAGCCGAGAGUAAUUCGCACAUUCCUCCUCCGCCUCCACCGCCGAUGCCGCCACCAAUUGAAUUCAACGAUCCAUCCGGUUCGCGGCCAUUCCUCGAUCCAUACGGCCGUGCUAAAACCGUUCGCAUCGGCAAAUGGGUGUGGCCACCAAAGGAUCAAGCACUAAAUGAUGAAAAUUUCAUGGAAUUCAAAAUGCGACAGAAUCAACGUAAAAACACUCCACAAUCGAAUACAAGUUCGCCAAAUGGCUCGAGCGCACAGAUCGAAUGGGAUGAACUCGAGGUGGAAAAUGUCAUUGUAAAGAAUGGCAUCAGUGCAACCAGCACACCAGUCCUACAGCAAAAUCCACGAAAAUUCAGUCAAGAAAAUGCCAUUCAAGCAACGACCACAACAACGGCUGUUGUUACAAAAAUCGCUCGUCGCAGUUUCGAAAUUGGCGCCGAACGACCACCACCUGGAAGCGUGGGUAAAUUGAAGUUGAGUUCAGAGAUGAGACAACGCCUUGAACAAGUCACCGCCGGACAUUCGGUGCGAUCAACAACAAGUACGGAAUCAAAUCAACGUACUCCAGCAAAAUUGGAAGAUGCACGUCGAAUGAUGUUGCAGCAAGCAUUGAGCGGACACUUUGGAUCCAAUGAUAAAUUGGACGAACCCGAUUUGCCGUCUGUUCGCACGCAAGUCAAACGAAUGGAAGCAGCUAAAGGUGUAAUUCCACCGGCUCCAAAAUUCCCACCGCCACCAAUACCCGGCUCACAGGCAAAGCAACCGGAACAACAAGAGAUUCCAUCAUUCUACCAGAAGCGUCAUGAACGCGAUACAUUUGGUAUUCAUCAGUCGCAGCAACAGAACUGGAAUGGUUCGGAGGUGUCAAAAGACACAUACGAUUCGUGGGGCCGUGCUGAAGCCGCCAAACACGAUAUUUAUGAUCACAAAAAGGAGAAGAAUGACCGUGAACCUCGGUCCAGAUCAAGAUCCCGCUCGAGAGAUCGUGAGAAUUUCAGUGAAUCGGUUUGGGAUCGAAAUGAAGUUGAGGGCGAAAGUGACACCCGUGAACGUAUGAAGGAGCGUGAGAAACACGAUCGAAUCUAUGAAAUGAAGCAAGUCGAACGAGAACGUGAAAGUCAGAAGGUCUAUCAACCAUCGUCGACUUCAAACAAAGCAGCAAUUUUCGAAAAAGAAAAAGCCAUUAAAAAAUCCCCGGCGCAAAUGAUCGAACGGGCCACAUUCAAGACACAUAUGGCACGAAUGGAUCGCGAGCGGAAGAAUUCGGCAUCGACCCAGAUCACGCAAAGCACCGACAAACCAGAUGACAUGACCGAUGUGGAAUGGCACACAAAUGCACCACCAGCGCCUGUGCCACCGGUCACCAAACUACCGGCCGCCGCUUGUUUGACCUACAAUCGUGUGCCAUGGAAAUUACGCGUCCGCAAAGAAGUGUUCCAUCCAACGGAAUCGAUCAGUUCACCAGCAGCGCUUGAUUUACUUUUUGCUCAAGUUGCCGGCGAUGUUCUGGGCUUAACAUCCUGUUUGCGUAUUUCACCGCAGGAAAAACGCAACGGAUUGAAUUUGCUCAGUGGCCACGGUGUCAAUGCGGAAACGGUGAAAACACAACAAGUUCGUGCCAUUGUAAAGCGUCACUUGAUCGAUAUGGCCCGCAAUUGGCCAUUGUAUUUCGCAAGAUUGUUCAUUGUCAGCGGUUCACCGCAGUUCCCUGAAGUGUCAUUGCUCGCCGUUUCACACAGUGGCGUCUAUUUGGCGCGUCGUGAAACGGAACACGUGAGCGUUGUUCGUUCUGUGCCAUUGGCCGAUUUGCAAGGGGCUAUUACUCUUCCACGUCCGGCUGCCCUUCAGCUCAAUCUUAAGAAUGGAAAUCGCAUCGUUCUUCAUGCACCACGCGCCACCGCCAUUCAAAUCAUGAUCCAGACAUUCUGUCAAGAAUUCAAAAAGGUUCAAUCAAAGGCAUCGACAAUAUCAUCUGGAGCCCGAGCGGCUGCGCAAACAUUGAAUGUUCCAAUCGAACGACUCGAAGCUCAAGUUCACGGCGGUGUUGUAAAAUCGCCUGGGUCGCCGACAGUGAAUAAUAACCACCAUGAGAAGAGCCAUCGUCAUCACAGUAUCGACGAAAUUAUUCCCAGUCACAUCGAACACAAUGGCAAGCAUUCAUCGCAACCGCAUAGCUAUGUGUCACAAGAGUCACCGCACGGAAAAUCCCAUCAUUCGCCGGCUCAAUCGCCGCAACAGCAUUCGAUGUCGCCCGUGCAAAUGCACGGUCAUCACAAGAAUGGCCACGAAAAUGGCCAAUUGCUGAUGCAUCCGGACGAACAGGAUGAUCAGCAACAAUUCUCGGCAUUGAGCGCGAUGCAACCCACACCAAUCACAAAUGCCAAGUACACACUUCUUCAGUUUGCCAUGCAACAUUUUCGCGAUGACAAUCAAGUGAUCGAAGACCAUGAAUUGAAUGGCCGUGCCAAGAAGCGUUCGACCUCAUCGCGGCCGCAUGGUGACUUAGUGAAAUGGCAAGGAAGUCCAAUUCGUAGCCCAUUGCUACGCUUACCAGUGGAACUAUCACCAUUGGCCAUCGAAUGUUUCGAAUGCAUUCUUCGGUAUUGCGGAGAUUUACCACCCGAUCCAGAGCUCACCGAAGUCAAAUGCGUCUAUACGAUUUUAAUGCACUGUCACAAACAUCUAACACUUCGCGACGAAGUCUACUGUCAAUUGAUGAAACAAACAACAGGAAAUCGUUCAGCAAAUCCAGAUUCAUGUCAACGAGCCUGGCGUCUAUUGAGCAUUUUGGCCGCAUAUUUCAGUUGCUCCGAUGCAUUGAAACCAUAUUUGAUGGAACAUUUAACAGCUGCUGCUUCAGAUCGUCGCCGAGCUGCCCAUGGAACUGCAGGAGUGUGUUUGUCCAAUCUACGUAAAACAGCUCGAUGUGGCGGUCGUAAGAAUGUGCCCAGUGUUGAGGAAGUUACAGCUGUUAGCGCAGGACGAUCGGCCCGUCGUCAAAUUUACCGUUUGCCUGGUGGUGCUGAGCGUGUUGUAAAUACUCGUGGUUCAACGGUGGUAGCUGAUGUAAUCGCUGAACUGUGUGGUUUACUUGGAAUUGAUUCGCCAAUUGAGCAGCAGGAGUUCUCAUUGUAUUGCAUUGUACAAGGGGAUGCUUUCACAAUGCCAUUGGCAGCAGAUGAAUACAUUUUGGAUGUAACCACUGAGCUCCUUAAAUCUGGUCAACCAUUCUAUUUGAUAUUCUGUCGUUCAGUUUGGCAUUUCCCAUUGAAACGCGAUCCAAUGCCAACACUUUUGUAUGUUGAGGUGUUGUUCAACCAAGUCGCCCCAGACUAUCUAGAAGGUUUACUGCUUGAGUUGCCCGGCGGUGGUGCACCAUCUCCAGAUGUCGUUCGCGAUAUGGCUCGUAUUGCAGUGCUGUUGCAUCGUGCCGCUGAUUUGAAUCAUGUUCCAGCAAUGAAAGAAAUCAAAUUCCUAUUGCCCAAACCCGCCCUAGGCAUACGCGAACUGAGACCAGCUCAAUGGGUAGCACUCGUUCAAUCCGCUUGGCCAUCGGUGGCUGGACUGGAACCCGUUCAAGUUAAAGCACAAUUUUUAGCCGUUCUCGCUGAAUGGCCGCUGUUUGGCAGUAGCUUCUUUGCCGUGCGCAAAGUAUGGGCUGAAGAUGGUUUGGCCGAUGAUUCUAGUCCAAUUUGGAAGGAGAUCAUUUUAGCAUUGAAUCGACGCGGUGUCUUGUUCCUCGAUCCAAAUACACACGAAACACUACGACAUUGGCCAUUCAUGGAAGUCAUUUCAACGAGAAAGGUUCGUUCCGACGAUGGUGCAUUAUACUUGGAUAUGAAAAUGGGCAAUUUGAUGCAGCAGCGAGUGAUUCGUGUACAAACCGAGCAAGCGCACGAGAUAUCGCGUUUAAUCCGUCAAUACAUCACAAUGGCACAAAUGAGCCGACCAGAUCGACGCGAAUGAAUGCACAGUGCACACACAUUAAAACGCGAAGACAAAAAAAUAAAAAUACAUCGAGAGUAAAUGAAGAUUCGCAUGUCUUCCAUCAAUUUAUCGUCUAAGUCUAUUUGAAAUUUGUAUAAAUUAUCGGGUUUAAAUGACGUUAUAAUUAUUUAAUACUUUUUUUCCAUCUACUUAUUCAAUACAAGAUUAAAAAAAUAAACAAUUCACUGAAAUAUGUAAGGUAAACGCAAAAAAAAAUGAAAUAUAUACUCGAUUUGCUAUUGAAUACUUAACCAAACCUCAAACACGAGGCAAUUCUUAUACACUAAGAAAUUCCCCGCAAUUUUCGAUUCAACACAUUUUAUUUUUAAUCAAAUUUUUGUGAAAAUUCUCACAAAUUGAUGACGUUUUUUUCCAGAAUUAAAUGUAUUAAUGCAAAUCUAACAUCAGUUUUCUAAGCUAUAUAAAUGUAUAUUUCUAUUAUUGUAAAAUUUUCGCAAAUCAAUUCAUUUAUUUACGAAAUAAAAUGGAAUAUUAUUUAAAAA